ACAAAAAAACCCCCAUCAAAGUUUACCUAUAGGUCUAUAAGCAAACAAUAAGAACAUUAAAAGUAGAUUUAACAUGUUAUAAAGAUUUUUGAAACUCAAAAUUACACAUUAAAAUCUUCGAGAAGGACGGGACAGGGUGCUCAGGUGUUUUCUACCUGCUCCUUCAGCCCUUGAGAAAUAGGCUAAUCACCAGAGAGGGAAAAGUCGAUUUACCUGUAGCCCGGGUUCUGGCAUCUCUCACUCACGCUCUGUCUUCUGUUACCUGCACCGACUUGAAAGUCCAGUUCCACAAGGAAGAACCGCGGAGGAAGAGAAAUAUGUCACAGGAGACAGACAGUAAGAGGCUGGUUGUAGUGGUGCCCAAUGAGACGUCCUUCCACCAGCGUCGGGCCUACACCAGUGAGGAUGAGGCCUGGAGGUCUUACCUGGAGAAUCCUCUUACUGCGGCCACAAAGGCCAUGAUGAGCAUCAAUGGAGAUGAAGACAGUGCUGCCGCCCUUGGGCUCCUCUAUGAGUACUACAAGGUGCCGAAAGAUAGGAGAGUUUUACCCAUCAGCAAAGCGGUUGACAUUUCAGAGGAACCGGAAAAGAGAAACACUACAGUGGGAAACAGCAGUCAAAUGGAGCCAGAGACAGUGGAUAAUCGUGUCCAGGUACUGAAAUCAGUGCCCGUUAAUCUGUCACUCAACACGGAUCACCAAGACACCAAACGGGAACAGUACAGCGUGGCGGCUGGAGAGAGUGGGGCCGCUACUGUGGUAAAGGCUGAAGUGUACACUCCUGCUUUCAUGGCUUCGGGAGUUCAUUACAGGACAGAAGGAGAGGAACAGAUGCGGGUCAUCUGUGAACAGGCCCAAUCGUUCGACAGCUCAGCCAUAUGUCAUAGUGGAUAUAGGAAGGAUGACCAUCGCAGUAGUCCAGAUAGCACCUAUGAAGAAGACAGCAAUGAAAAGUACCGCCCAUCAUCGCUUGGAGCUGAUGAUUUCAUAUUUGACCAGUCGGAUAUGUUAGACACGUUCCAGUACACAUUAGAGGCCAGCAGAUCGUUGCGGCAGAAGCAGGGUGAGGGGCCUAUGACCUAUCUAAACAAGGGCCAGUUCUACGCUAUUACACUGAAUGAGACAAGUGCCAAUAAACGCCUCCGACAUCCCAUCAGCAAAGUGAGGAGUGUCAUUAUGGUUGUAUUCAGUGAAGAUAAGAAUCGUGAUGAGCAGCUCAAAUACUGGAAAUAUUGGCACUCUCGCCAGCACACUGCAAAGCAGAGGGUUCUGGACAUCGCUGACUACAAAGAGAGCUUCAACACAAUUGGGAAUAUUGAAGAAAUCGCUUACAAUGCUGUGUCCUUUACCUGGGAUGUGAAUGAAGAGGCCAAGAUCUUCAUCACGGUGAACUGUCUGAGCACAGAUUUCUCCUCUCAGAAGGGGGUGAAGGGUCUUCCUCUGAUGAUACAGAUAGACACCUACAGCUACAACAACCGCAGUAACAAACCCCUGCACAGAGCCUACUGCCAGAUCAAGGUCUUCUGUGAUAAGGGAGCGGAGAGGAAGAUCAGGGAUGAGGAGAGGAAACAGAACCGCAAGAAGCCAAAAGGAAAGGAUGGAGGCGUUGGAACGGUUACUCUCCCGAAAAAGUGUGACACCACCUUCUUUAAAAUGAUGACUGAUUUGGAUGCCCAGCCUGUUCUCUUUAUCCCGGAUGUGCACUUUGGAAACUUACAGAGGGCAGGCCAGGUAUUUGCAUUUAAUACAGAGGAAAUUGAACGAGAGGGAAGUGUGCUGGUGAAGAGGAUGUUCCGGCCAUCUGAGGAUGACUUCUGCCCACCCCCUCAUAAACAGCUAAGAGAGGAGACACAGAAGAGAGUGCUCUUGUAUGUGAGGAAGGAGUCAGAUGAAGUGUUUGAUGCUCUGAUGCUGCGGACGCCCACUCUCAGAGGACUCAUGGAUGCAAUUUCUGAGAAGUAUGGUGUUCCUAUUGACAGAAUGGCCAAGAUUUACAAGAAGAGCAAGAAAGGGAUCCUGGUGAACAUGGAUGACAAUAUCAUCGAGCACUACUCUAAUGAGGACACAUUUAUCCUGAGUAUCGAGAACUACGCAGAUGCAUACAAAAUCACAUUAACGGAAAUAUGAACAUCUUCGCGUGUGUUUCUAUCAUUCAGUAUGUUUAAGCUAAAAGACUUGUUACUUGGACUCCAACCUGGUCAAAUUCAUCGUCAGCUGUCCACAAAUUGAAUCGGAAAAAGCUGAUAUACCUCAUUUUUAAGAGACCUCAAGUAUGAUUUUUAAACAGUCCACAGGAGUUUUAGUGCGUACCGAACGUGUCCACGAUUUCACGGUUCUACCGUGGAUUUUGCUUGAAUUUGAACUCAGUGUCCACUGGAUUCCACAACAUUGAUUUUUGCCUUUAAUUUUAAUUACCAAAGUACAGACUAUUUCACAUUUCACUCGAUUUUGGAAAACAGUUUCUCACCUGAAUUUCAACUCUACCUUCCACAGAAUUUCACUGGAGUGGAAAGCAAAUGCAACAAUAGUGUCCAUUAAAAAUUACAAUGCCAAAAUACAUUUGCAUGCAGCAAAAAAUAUGAAUUUGGGACUUUUCUGUGGAAUUUGAGACUCUGCAGAGAUAUUGAUCUGUGAAAAGUGUCCAAUACUGUAAAAAAAAUUUUUUUUCAUUUGUUUAUUAUGUUGACAUUAAUAUUAUUGUUAUUUUUAGCCUGGUAGAUAUCAUUUAGGUUCUUACCGUCUGAAUAUUCACAAACAUAUUUUCUGAUGCACAAAGAAAGCUAUUUUUUUUACUCUGCCACAAAUUUUUGUAUGCUUAAUGGUGCAAAACAGGAAAUAUGAAUGAAUAAUGUGUACAGUACUGCAUUAUCAGAAAAGUCUUCAAAUUAUACAUUUCAUCCAUGUUUUAUGUGUUCUACUCAUUGUUUUAAAGGGAUAGUUCACCCAAAAAUGAAAAUUACCCCAUCCUAGGUGUAUAUGACUAUCUUCUUUCAGCCAAACACAAUCAGAGUUGUGUAUAUUAAAAAUAUACUGGCUCUUCUAAACUUUAUAAUGGGAGUGAUUGGAGGAUGAGAGGAUGAUCGAGCAUCCAUCGAUCAUUAAACAUACUCCACGCGGCUCCGGGGGGUUAAUAAAGGCCUUCUGAAGGGAAUUGAUGUGUUUGUGUAAGACAAAUUUCCUUAUUUAAAACUUUAUAAAGUAAAAUAAAGAGCUUAUGUACAACAGCCAUACGCAUUCGUCUUAAGCAACAUAGUACACAAUGCCAUGAUUUUCUAUGCUUCACCAUGACGUACUACGCUAUAUCCUAUGUUAUAACGCGUCGUACGCCAUGUCAUUGUGUACUACGUUGCGGAAGUUAAGAGUUUUUAUAGUUCAAGUUUUUUAUAAAUUUCAUAAAGUUUUAAAUAAGGAUAUUUGUCUUACACAAGCAUAUCAGUUCACUUCAGAAGGCCUUUAUUAACCCUCCGGAGCCAUGUGGAGUACAUUUUAUGAUCGAUGGAUGCACUUUUUUGGGCUUCAAAAUCUCACGGCUGUCACGCCGGAAGCUCUUUUUGGGUGAACUAUCCCUUUAAUGUGGAAAUAAUGUUUUUAGAGGUUCCAUUUAUUUCAAAUGCAAGAGAUUUCAUUACUUUUUUGAGGUUUGAACAUCCUCACAUAACCAGCCAAGGCCUUUCUCUAACUAUUCAGUCUUUCAGUCUGGUUCAUUUCUAUAUUGUUUGUGUAUAGUGUAACAGGUUCAUAUUAACUAUGUAGUCCAGAUUCAGUCGAUCAGUGCCAUGAUGAGCUGUUUAUGUUAAUGUUUGAAUAUCAUUGUCUUGAAAUGAUGUAAAAGGGCACUUCGGAAAAUAAUAAUUUGUAUGUAAAUAAAUGCAUUUUUAUUAA